AUGCCUACCUCUAACGCCUCAAAUACCUCUUCACCCGUCAAGCGCCCCGGUCUCGGUCGCCGUGCAGUGUCCUCCCAUGCAGUUGUCACGCGCACCGCUAAUCCUCAUGACCUGUCGCUGUCUCACUCGCAGAAGGCACUUCUACAUCAGAAACCUCACCGCGCCCAUGUUGUUGGUGCUCACCGCAAUCACCACCGCAACCCCUCUACUGGCAAAACCUUCAACAAACUUCAGCGAUUCCAACUAGGUCCCGAGACUGCUGGGCGGCAUCAUCAACGCAAGAAGUCAGCCCCCGUAACUCCAGUGGCAAGUCCAAAGGAAAGCGGGCACGUUCGCUGGGAUAACGCUGUGGAUAAUCAUACAACCGAUCCUUCCAUGAAGAGAAACUAUUCCACUCCUGUGUUGCGUCGGAACACAUCAGCCGUUGGGAAGAAAGCGUUGGUGACCGAACGGCCGCCCUCCGGUACAGUAAAGAAAAAGACGGUCGGCUUUGAGCUGGGGGAUGACGAGACCGACGAAGCUGAGUGGGAAGAUACCACGCAGUCACCCGAAAGUACGAGGCGCAACUCGGUCGUACCAUCCAAUCCCAGCGCAGAUAAUAGCGCCGUUCUUGUCGAUCACCUUACCUUUGUCAAGCGACCGUAUCCUCAAAUGCCUCGAGCGACUAGUCUUCCUGAGUCGAUUACAACCAAGUUCGUCCGAGAGCGUACUGAACUGAAUGAGGAUGAGGAUGAGGGUGAGGAUGAGGAAGCUGCGCAGCAGGACUCGGAAGAGGAGGCUGAGGAGUCUAGUCAACAUACUGAACAGAGUGACAUAGCAACCCGCCUCCUAAGUCCUACGCACCCAUCCAAAGCGCCCCCUGCCAUGUCCUCUAUCUCGGCUAUGGUGAAGCCAGAGGCCAAGAAUCUCAAUCCCGCAUCUCGCAGUAGCGCAUCUCUCAACCUGGCUGUUGGCCAGGACAACGCUCGGCGCACAUUCUCUACAGCCAGUAUGGCCAGCAUGCCGGGCUCCCACCCCCAAGCUACCUCAUCCUCUAUGGAAGGUGGAGUUUCGAGGUUCAUUUUAAACAACAAGAAUAGCAUGCAGGCAUCUUCUCGCACCGAUUCAGAUCCAAAUACCCCCUCGUCAUUCCUUCCGCACUACCAUCCGCAAACACCGCCGUCGCCAAACAGUGCAGCGGCCAAAUUGACCGCGUCUCCUGCGCGACCGCGUGGUGCUGAUCUGCCGUCUCGCACACAGCAGAAGCUCUGGCUUCAACGUACCGCCACCCUCAACAACUCUCCUCCUGAUAACCAUGGAGUGGCCGCGGCAGCUCCGCCAUCUGCCAUUGACCCGAAUUUUAUUGCCGCUAGCCACACACGCCCCGGUGCUAGCACUUAUGACGCCAGCAGGGGGCUCAGUGGUGACGGUCGAGCUGGUGGUGCAGGACACGACAGCGAAACCCGUCAUAUCCGCAAGGCGUACGAGAAGACAUCUCUGGAAUUGAUGGUUGUGCGGCGUUUUCAGUCUCCUACCGGCCAGAGCUUCGCUCGUCUUCGUCAUAUUGUCCGAGCCAACAAAGCAGAGCAAGAAUCAGCUCUCGGCAAACCAGUCAAACCAGCACCCUCGCUGCCCCUUUUGCAGCAAGGCAAACGGCCUAGUAACCUCAACUCCAGCCCUGUAUCUAAAUCCCAAUCGCAUAAUUCAACCCCCACCGCCUCUGGAGAUCCAGCAACAAAUGAACCUACCAAUACCACCAAGGCUGCCAAGUCCAACGACCUAUCUAAUCCCAUUCUCUCCACUUCAGCCGAGGCUUCGCAUGACCUGAGUGGUGAUAAUGACGAAGCAUUCCAAAUUAACGAUAGCGCCAUGCUGAUCCGCCGGAUGUGGGAGAGCCGAGACGUCGCCAUCCACGGCUAA